UUCGGAAGCAUAGCUUUGUGUGUGCAUCGAGUGUCGCGAUAUUUUCUGUAUAUUAACCGUUGCCAAAUGCUAUAAUGCAGUCAGUUACUUGAGAGUUACGAAGCUACGAAGACGUUGCGUGUGCGGACGGUUCCAGGGAAGUUUGUAGUCGUUUUCAAGUGUCAAGAAAAAAUGGUGCAGCGUAAGCACAAAAACUUUUUGAACUUUUAAAUUUAUGCUGAGGUGUUGUGUGUUACAUAAUUACGGAAAUCGAGAUUGGUGUGGUGAAUGUUCGUCUCAUCCGAUUUGCAAGUAAAGUUUCGUUGUUUAUCUGGCGAUUUUAUUUUGUGAUUGUUUCGUGUUCGGAGCGAGUGUUUUGCAAGGAAGAGAAAAUCAUUGAAUGUGUGACACAGAAAAUAGAAAAUUGGAAAAUGUGAUUGUGCCGUUUGUGGUUCGCAUAACACGAUUUUACAAGGUCAAUGGGUGCUAAAAAUUAAGUGGAAUGAGAGCUACUGUGAAUGUGCCACAAACUUAAUCGAAAUUAACUGAGCACGGGUUUCAUUCCAAUGACAAAUGGAUUUUUGUUCGAGAAAGUCGUGAGAUUAAACGAAUGAACUCAUCCAGAAACAUCCAGAUAUCUAAUCGAAUGUCACCAAUAACAUUAAACUAAACCUAUCACAAAUGUCGAAAUAUGGUCCGAAUGGCUGGCUCCAAAGUGCUUGCCAGAUUGCUGCUAUUGAUUUCGUCGGUAACGUUAAUUUCUUUAUUGGCAUUGACGAGAUGUGGCUUAGGUGGACUAGCCGACAGCAAUAUUUUAGAUGAUGAUGCGAAUAAAAUUUCAAUUGUACCGGCGGCAUCAGCGAACCAGCAAACAAAUGAUGAUCAUAAUCGCAACAACAACAACAACAACAAUUACCUGCAACUGUUGCAACAACGUGAGGAAGAAAAUCGACAGGAAGUGGCGAAAUUGACAUCGGAAAUACGAGCACUGAAAGUUCAAUUAAUCCAAUUGAGAAACACUCAGCAAGUCGCACCACAAUCAAAUUCUCCCGAAACAUUUUCAUUAACCAUUCCCUCAUCGAAUUCGUCCACCACAAAUCAACCGCAAUUCCAUACGAUAACCGAUUGCAGCAGUUUCAUUCGUAAACAAGUUAGCACCGCAGAAAUAUUCCACGGUUUGCCACUGAAUAACGAAUACGAACUGAUUCCGUUCAACCAUUUCACAUUCAGUCGAGUCUAUCCCAUCGAAUUGGGUUUGGGUAAACGAGUCGUUGAGAAACCAAUCGGUUACAAGCGAAAAGAUUUGCUCGACGCAUUGAACAAAGCCCUGGAUAGUCUGAACAGAAAUGUUACAAUUGCAAGCGGAAAGUAUACGUUGGACGACUUUAGCGAAGGUAUUUACCGCAAUGAUCCAACCACCGGCACCCAAUACGAAAUGUAUUUCCGCACGAAAGAUGGAAAUAAAACACAACAGCAGCAACAACAACAACAGCACCACGAGCACCUAAAUCACGCCAUGACAAAAGUUUUGGUAAUUCGUCCAUUUGCUCCCAUGCAAACCGUACAGACGGAAUCGUUCCCGAAAAAUAAGGAAAAGGAGCUGAUACACAUGAUACUGCCGCUGAGCGGCAGAACGACCACAUUCCAAAGUUUUAUGGAUAAAUUUGUGAAAAUUGCACUGAAAAACGACAGGCGAGUACAUUUGACGGUUGUGUAUUUUGGCGACGAGGGUUUGCAGGAAGCCAGAUCAAUAAUGAGUCGGGUGCUUGGCAUUAAGAAUAGUGGCGGCAAUUUAUCGAAUUUGAAAUUGUUAGCGUUGAACGAAACGUUUUCACGAGCCAAAGGUUUACGUGUGGGUGCGGAACGAGUGUGGGAUAGAAGUGAUAAGGAAAAGGACGUCCUGCUGUUUAUGUGUGAUGUUGACGUAGUAUUUAGCGCUAAAUUUUUAGAGCGAUGCCGAUGGAAUGCUAAACCUGGCAAAAAAGUGUAUUAUCCGGUUGUUUUUAGUCUUUAUAAUCCACAUGUUGUAUAUACGUUACAAGGGAAGGAAGUUCCACCAGAAACCGAUCAGCUGGUCAUAUCGAGGGAUACAGGAUUUUGGAGAGACUUUGGUUAUGGGAUGACGUGUCAGUACAGAUCUGACUUCCUCAAAGUGCGCGGUUUCGACGAAGAAAUUGUCGGCUGGGGCGGCGAAGACGUAAUGCUCUACCGAAAAUACGUUCGAUCCAACAUAAAAGUAAUCCGUGCCACCGAUCCCGGCAUCUUUCACAUUUGGCAUCCGAAGGUGUGCACUGGCGUGUCAACUGGCCAACGACUAACAGCCGAUCAGUAUCGAGCCUGCAUUCGGUCGCGAGCAUUGAACGAGGCUUCGCAUGCGCAGUUAGGAUUUUUGGCUUUUCGUGACGACAUUGCCGCACACUAUCAGGACAACAGUGUGAAUUUGAGCGGUUUGAAGAGUGCUGGCUCAAAGAAUAGUUCGGCGGAUGUGACGAAACGAUCGGGUAAAAUUGAGAAAGGCAAUAGGCAUACGCAGGCGACUGAUCCAAGUAAGAAGAAUACUUGAUCGUAUGUGCCUCAAGCGGAAAGCAUUUGGAAAAUGGAAUUUUAAAAUUCGGAUUUUUCCGUUUGAACACUCUACACCAAUGUUUCCUAACGCGGUAGGGUAAAGGCACCAGUAUCCGGUUAUGCAUCUAAAUCUGGACAUCUAUUGCUUGAAGAAUAGAAUACAAAAUAACGGCCGGAUUGAGAUGCGUGGCCGGAUGCUGGUGCUUCUACCCUACUAAGAAUUGAGAAAGUCGAAGAGUUUCUUUUGAAUUCAUUUGAUAAAUGCGCAGUCCAAGACAACGGCGGAUGCGUUCAUGUAGCAAAACGGUUAGGAACGGUGUGAUUAAAUGGCUUCAACGUACUGUUUGUUGCAUUGGUCUGAACUCACAGUCAUUCGUUCGUUGUAUUCGUUUUCAUUCCGUUUUGCCUCCGUGUAUAUGACAGUUGGCAUUUCAUACAUUCGAGCAUAUUGUUUGAAAUUACAACUGUCACAUCAACGUACACGGAGGAAAAACGGAGACAAAACGGAACGAAAACGGACGACUCUUAAGCUGCGAGCGCACUUACACCGUUUAGCUCUCCGUUUACGUUUUAACAAUGGAAAGUGGGAGGAGCUUCCAUUGUUCACUCUUAAACGGAGUGCUAAACGGCGUAAGUGCGCUCGCAGCCUUAGAGCACCUUAAUGACAUGACUGCGUAAUAUACGUCCCCACAAGCAGUCGAAAAUAUUUUAAUUUUUGGCGCACUUUAUGCCUGAUUUCGUCUUACGCCGUUUACGCUUCGUUUACUAUUUAAACAAUAAAAAAGAGGCGUGGUUUAGCUAAACGGAGCGUAAACGGCGUAAGAGAAAAUCAGGCAUUCGCCGUGAAUUGGUUUGAAUUUUUUAGAGCUCGUUCAGAAACUCUUCGUUAAGUUUCACUUGUGACGAUUUUGACACUUCUUUCAUAUAAAAUAUGUCAAAAUCUUCACUUUGGGUAACAAAUUUUUAGUUCUGAACGAGCUGUUAAAUGUCUUCUCAAAGAAGUUGCCCCCAAUUUUAAUUUUGUAGCACGAGCGACCAUUACCGUUAAAACCGAAACGAAAUUAAUUGAAUCAAAACGGUCACACGAUAAACGAGAGUUCAGAAAACGAUUCGACAAAAAAUUGAACUUUUAACCGAACCGUAUGUAAAUAAUAUUCCCGUAGAGGUACAGUAGAGCGUCGAUAAAGUAGCCAGUAGUAGAUUUCAAGUAAACUUAAAAUGUAAUAAAUGCGAGGUGUUGGGUUGUCGGAACGAAGUCGAUUGCGAAAACACACGAGCCAUUUUGCGAUGAUGGUAGCGACAAUCAUCCUUCGUAAUCUUACUUUAGUUUCGUUAAAAAUGUUUCGUUCGUUCAAUGAAAAAACGAAACACUUUUAACGAAUCAUUCAUCCAUUUGAAUGAGGUUUUCAAGCCUGCAAACUUCGAAACGCAGCUUAAUUGUCGGCUUUAUCAAUUCGAAAUUGACAGUGUGUUUACGGCCUAAACCAUCAAAAAGAUUGAAGGUUGAUACAUUCACUUCGUCAACGAUUCAUAUGAAUUUUGAAGUUCACAUGUUGUCACGGGACACUUGGGAUACUCAUAAACGGAAUGUAACUAAAAAUGCACCGGAUAUCUGUAAGGAAAGGAUAGUAGGAACGGAAACUAUGAUUGAGCUGCGCUAAUCAUUUUGUGUGGAAACUAGCGCGCUACGACAUUAUCAAACUAGCGGACAAGCAGCGCAACCCAAUCCUAACGAAAACGUGUAUGCAACCACUCUUCACCCAAAAGAUCGUCAUAUACUUUAGUCAUAUAUUACGGUUGAAAGAUGCGAUUAAUUUUGUAUGCAAAAUUGUUGAGUGAUUCGAUGAUUUGAUUAAAAAAUAAAAAUAAAAAUUUGUUUCGUGAAUGCAACGCUCGAAGGAGCAUGAUGUUCAGAACUGUAGAAUUUUUCCUUUGUUACAUUUUAAGAAUCCAUUAGCUCAGGCUAAAAAUGCUCAAGUCCUAAGUUAAUGUGUUUUGUUACUUAAUAUGCUAAGUGUUUAAGUUUAUGACGAGAAAUUUAUUGUAUAUUCAACCAACUGCAUCUGGAUUUCGACUGAGUCAUUUCGGAUGAAAAAUUUUUUUUAAAUGAAAAAUUCUUUUGUUUUGGAACGAAUGCUAUUCGCCCUACGGUUGUGAACGAUGUCAUCACUAUUCGCACUUGGAGCUAGAUCGGAACGUCAUUUUUAAAGGAAAAUAUUGUCUUUCUGAACUCUUUCCGUAGGUCAUUGAUAAAUUGAUAUAGCUCGGGAUGUUUGGUGCGCAGAAAAAAUAAAUUCAAGUCAAUAAUACCACUAGGUGUGGAGAGGACACAACUGGCCACAAAUAUGUCCCACUAAUUUCCAUUCGACAUAUACGUUCCAAAAACUUCCGAAUAUUCUCAACGCUUCGAUCAGGCAAAACUUCCAUUGGACAUGACUGUGUUAUAGCAGGGUGCAGAUAACGUAUUUAAUGUUCAAUCGCUAAACUCUCUGUCUAGUCAUACAUGACCCGUUGACAGGCGAGGGACGGUUGAGAUCAAAGGUCGGUCUCUUCCAUCUGUCAGAGUAACGUUUAAAACGUCAAAC